GAGGGAAUCAGCUGUUGCAGCUUCCCAGUUGGAUGGACGUGGAAUCGAACAACAAUAUUUGUAAUUAGUAGUUAAAAGCGAUGCAAUAGCAUUAGAAUGCUAUUGAAUAAAGAAAACGAUUCGAAUAAGGAAUGAUGCAAUCGAUGGACCAUGAUCAUUAUUACAAAGGCGAAUCUCAUACGCUUUCUGGCCGGGGCAAUAUGUCUUCUGCUGGUGCUCAACUUCCUAUGGACCUCCGAGUCAGACGGAUCCAGUAACACGUCACUAAGCAAGUUGAGCAUUCGGCGCGUGCACAAGUAUGCACACAUCCAUCAUAAAAAUGACAGCGGGAGCGAUAGAGAGGGCAAUAGAAGCAUCUCGGGACACAAAAUGCCCGCUGCUCCCUUGGCCCUAUCGAAGGAGCGUGAGCUGCACAAUAACCGCAACUCAACCUCAACGACUGUGAUUGCGAAUGCAAACUUUACUUCCAUUCCACAAGACUUAUCUCAUGCACAUCCGCAUCCGUAUCCGUAUCCGCAUCCCUAUGAUUAUGCAAACAGCACACAAAAGUCAGAAAUGACCCCAACACAAAACUGCACUGAUCCCGAUCCCAGAGACGGUGGUCCCAUCACGCCCAACACAACACUUGAAUCUCUUGAUAUUAUUGAAGCAGAGUUGGGGCCUUUGUUGCGCCCGGGAGGCGCUUAUCAGCCAACUGAUUGCAUUGCCCAAUACCAUGUUGCCAUUAUUGUGCCCUUUCGUGACCGUUAUGCACACCUUUCGGUCUUCCUACGCAACAUACAUCCGUUCCUAAUGAAACAGCGGAUUGCCUAUCGCAUAUUUAUUAUAGAGCAAACCAAUGGCAAGCCCUUUAACCGUGCUGCCAUGAUGAAUAUCGGAUACUUGGAGGCCUUAAAGCUAUAUCAGUGGGACUGUUUUAUAUUCCACGAUGUCGACCUUAUACCUUUGGAUGAUCGUAAUCUGUACAACUGUCCACGUCAGCCGCGGCACAUGUCCGUUGCAAUUGACUCGUUGAAUUUCAAGUUGCCUUAUCGCUCAAUAUUCGGCGGAGUUUCUGCCAUGACACGUCAGCAUUUUCAGGCUGUUAAUGGAUUUUCAAAUUCUUUCUUUGGUUGGGGUGGCGAGGACGACGAUAUGUCCAACCGUUUGAAGCAUGCCAACCUAUUCAUAUCACGUUAUCCAAUUAAUAUAGCUCGCUAUAUAAUGCUGAAACAUUUAAAGGAGAAAGCGAAUCCAAAACGCUACGAAAAUCUUCAGAAUGGGAUCAAUAAAAUUGAAAUGGAUGGCAUCAACUCGAUUAAAUAUGAAAUCUAUAGCAUCAAAGAGUUUCCAACCUUUACUUGUUAUUUAGCCGAGCUAAAGAACUCCGAGCGAAAGAGUUAGCUUACCGCGGCAGAAGUGGCUACAAUAGUUUUUUCUUAAACUGCUAUAAAGACAAGAUUGCAAUACGAAUCUCAAUUCAAUAUGUGCAAUAUUUGAAUAUUACUUAUAAUAUGUACAAAUGACAACAUUACUUUUUCGAAGUAGCCUAAUUAUCAAGAAUAAUAGACACACAUAUUGUGUAUGUAGCAUGUCCAGUCAAUAUAGAAUUAUUAUGUACUUUUGUAGUACUAUUAGCCCCAUUUAAUAUUCUAUGUAUUUUAAAGAAUAUGUAGAUUCUGUUGGUUUUCGUUUUUUCCCUAAUCAUUUUUAUUACAAUCUCUUUAAAUAAGUAGACAAAAAAUUCUACAUCAAUUCCUAUAAGGUGAAAUGUAGAUAUUACUUUUGUGAUAUACAAAUUGUUAUUCGAGCAAAUGAUAAUUAGAAAAUGAAAGAAACAAAGAAAACUUAUCUUCGGUACGCCGAAUUCGUACAUACCCUUGCAGAAGAUUUAAUCAUGAAUCUCUGAUUUAAUAAGACUUGGCUCGAAUUUUAAAAAUAUCAUAAAUGUCAACAUUUUGGACUGAUUAUGUCUAUAGCAGGUCUAUAAUUUAGUGAUCCGAUCCAACCAACAACAGGUUACAUCUCGUGUGCCAAGUUAAAAAAAUAAAAUUUUAAUAAUGAUCAAUUCGAUCACCCUCUGCAAGGGUGUUUAUUACCUACCAUACUUUAAUAUACAAUACCAAAUGUAAAACUUAUAAAAAUUACAUUUUACUAUACCAGAAUAAAUCUUUUACUAUAUGUACCAAG